AUGCUUGCCUCUCUUCUUCGUCCCAAGAAGCGACGAGAUCACGCGCAAAACACACAGUUCGCAUCACCGUACGCUACCGACGAGUCGCGAUGGCCAUUGCUGAAUGGAAACCGGGGAUAUAACGGGCAGGGAGAUAAUGACGAGGAGAGCACUGAAGAUGAAGAUGCCGACGGGGAAGACGAGGACGCUCCCAUCGAGUCCACGCCUCUUCUUCCGAUUUUCUCAGCUCCUCACCUAGACGCCCUACCUAUUUUCGAUGUCACACGUUCCAUUCGGUCACUGAUCAUUGCGCGGUGUGAUGUCAAUUUGUCCUGGGAACAACUGCGCUCGCCCCAGAUAUCGCAGUUUCUGGUGAAACCCAUCCAGCAAAAAAUCAAAGAAGUGCACUUCUCUAGAGCCACUCUAUACGCACUGAUGACAAACUGCUUACAAUUUGACCGGGAAGUUCACUCGAAUCCUGGAAAUAGUGGAACGAACCAAACAAGAGCGAUGGUAUGCGAACUUAUCGCUAUCAAGCUGCUCAGAGACUACACUACGCGCGAGUUGAUUGAUGCUCUGUCGUACGACUUUUAUCCCCUUCAGGGGCAAAAGGUGGAUGACAACAGAUGGGCAUCUGCAGGCGGAGGUAAACCGCGUCCUAGUGCUGCUCGAAUAUCAUGCCUUGAGAUUGCCAUUCGUGCCCAGGCGAAACGCUUCUUGUCGCAUCCUUUGGUUAUCAAACAGCUCGAGGCUAUUUGGGCCGGCACGAUUGUCUUCCACUCUGUCGCGGAUAGCCUUCAUCGCGCAUCCGCACAGGCUCGAAACCCAGUCUCUUACGGUGCCACUUCUAGCAACAAUACCCCGAGAGUUUCAGACAAAAGCGCCUCCGAUACAUCACGCCUACGGCGGUCUGUGACACUCUAUAAUCCGCGUGAUGCUUCGCCGUUUAAGCUCUCCCGUUUACGAGUUCCCCGCUAUAGGCAAUUUCUCUCUACGUGUUCUUUCGCCGUUCUUCUUUGUCUUUUCCUUGCCGUUCUGCAAGAGCGGAGCAUUGGCAUCACGUCACUAGAAGUUCUGUUCUGGUUCUGGAGCGCGGGGUUUAUGCUGGAUGAAUUAAUCAAUUUCAACGAGCAAGGCUUUAGCCUCUAUCUCAUGAGUUUCUGGAACAUCUUUGAUAUUGGCAUUCUGGCGCUUCUAUUUUGCUUCUACUGCAUGCGGCUAUAUGGUGCUGUGGUGCCAUACGCACCCAAGGAGGCAGUCGCCGAAAGAGCGUACGAUAUUCUGGCUGCAAAUGCAGUGCUUCUCUUUCCGCGACUCUUUUCGGUGCUGGAUCAUUACCGUUAUUUCUCACAAUUGCUAAUCGCAUUCCGAAUCAUGGCUUCCGACCUAGUGGCGGUCUUUGUUCUGAUCAUUAUCGCCUGCAGUGGGUUUCUGGUGGCCUGUCUUAGCAUCGGCCAAGAUGAGACUCCGGGGUCCGUGGCGUACGCCCUGUUCCAGAUGGUCAUGGGCUUUACCCCUGCUGCAUGGACGCUUUGGGACGAAUAUGGUGUCCUUGGAAGGGCGAUCUUGACCAUGUUCCUGUUUAUAUGUCAUUUCGUGAUCAUGACUAUACUCAUCACCGUCCUCACAAAUUCCUUCAUGAGAAUUGUACAGAAUGCCAACCAGGAACACCAGUUCUUGUUCGCCGUCAAUACAAUCUCGAUGGUCAAAUCUGAUGCGCUCUUCUCAUACGUGGCGCCAACGAAUAUCUUCGCCUGGCUCAUUACUCCGCUUCGAUGGCUGAUCCCGUUCAGGCAGUAUGUGCGGCUCAACCGGACCAUUAUCAAAAUUACACACAUGCCAAUCUUGUUUACGAUUUGCGCGUACGAGAAAACGAUUUUAAGCCCACAAAUGAUUGAAUCUACCGACCUCAUCGAUUCCUCUACUACCACAAAUCGUGCUCCUCAUCGAUUGAGGGGCUUGAGUACGCGUGUAUCAAGACUGAUUCGAGAACCGUCUGUGGCUACCUUCCAGCAAGACCGAGCCUUGGCCGAAGUGUUCCGUCAACCAUUUGGCGGAAGAUCCAACCGGAGCCCUGAGAGAGCCAUCGACAAGAAAAACCACCUAGUUAACCAUUGGAUGCAAGGCAUGGGUUCUGGCCCGGUUAACCCACCCGAUGAGCAAGACUCUGAUGUAGUUGACCGACUUGAACGUCCCAAAGGCCGCUUCCCCUUUCGACGGAGACAAGCCCGCAGUCUUCGUGACUUUACAGUCUCUGAGACCGAGGAUCAUAUACCGCAAGCAAUCUCCUCUCCUGUCACACCGCGCAACGGGAGGAGCGUGCUACCAGAGAGGGCAAGACGGCUCUCUCAUCACACGGACAUUGAAGGUGACAACGAGCUUACGAGCGAUGACAAUGCUAUGACUGAACAAAGGUCGGACCAUAAUUCUAGCAACAAUUCUGGCCAUAAUAGGACUGUGGCCCAGGGCAAAGCUACGCCGAAAUUCUACAGUUCCCGUCCGUCUACAGCAAAGCAUAAGUCCCGUAAGAACAGUCCAAACCGAUUUUCUCGGCAUCACUCACGGCACCCGUCUGGUGCUACAAUUCUCUACAACCCCAUAUCAUCAAGUCACGAUGGAGAAAGCGACACGGUAUCGCCCUCAGUCCGACCUCGAAUCAUACCAAGUCACUCAUUUUCCGUGGUAUCCAUGAAUCGCAACACACUGGAAAGACGACACAGUCUAGAUGCCGGCAGAACCCUCAACUCAAACAUAUUCCGCUCAAAUCCCAUGUCAGUGCCGAACAUCGGUAACGUCAUCGGAUCCGAUCACGGUAACGGCCACGGCCACGGCUCAUGGCAUCACGAAGCAUCCGCACUCGAGGGCCUCGGCUCAGACCUAGGUGAUGGCAAGGCCAUCGCCAACGGAUUUGUUGGAGGCGCACCCUCGAGCUUCACCACGCAAAUGGCGUACGCAACAGGCGGCAUCCGACGCAGAGACAGCCCGAACCGAAACCAGGAUCUCCUCAGCAAGCUCGUUCUGGCCCGCAUGAACAACAUUGAAGAAGGAUUCCGCGAGGUGAUCAAGGAGGUUAAAGACCUCCGGUCUAGCCGCAACCAAAGUGGCGCUGACGAGCAGCGGUCUGGCCAACGAGACAAGCAGAAGAGGAAGAAGAAGGCUCCUGGAUCGAAGAAGAGUAAGACGAGUGAUGGGACUCGCACUGCGGAGCCCACUCUCGCUGGAAACGGCUCGGAUAGCGACGCAGACGAUGAUGUAUAA